GUUGGAAUUCGGCGACUUAGUAAGUAAUAUGUUCAGCGGGUAUAGAUGAUGUUUUUAGUGUGUGAAUAACACCGAGAACACGAAAACACCGGUAUCAGUUUAUUUAUUCGAUACGCUGCAAUAAUAUGUACGAAAAUUUUUUGUGCAAAUAAAAAUCUAAUUUACAAUUCACGGUGGUGUGAUUAUAGUCGGUAGAUUUAGUUGACGUGACCGCAGUGUCUAGUAAAACGGUACACACCGAAUCGAGUGGUACAUCAGCGCACCUAAUAUCAAAUUGAUCAUAGCAACAACAAAAAAACCAUAAGCAUUUUCAUAUCUGACGUAUACUCGUACACACAGAGACGAUAAACAGAGUUUUUUCCCUCACACACUCCACAAAUAUAUAACAACAAAACAUACAAGAUGACGACCAGUCGAUUUUUACUUGCUAGCCAAAGAAGUGGUGGCAGUUUAAAUAGCAUUAUUAAACGCGCUAUCGUAUCCGGCAAUUUUAAUUUUCCAUUGAUAAAUCAACAUCAAUCCCAAACAAUGGCUACAUCAGCGAAACGGCAACUGAUUACAUUGGAAUCGAUGAAUCCAAAUAUGAUUAAAAUGGAGUAUGCCGUUCGAGGACCUUUAGUGAUACGUGCAGCCGAAAUUGAAAAGGAAUUGAAAUCAGGUGCAAAGAAACCAUUCGAAUCAGUCAUCCGAGCGAAUAUUGGCGAUUGUCAUGCUAUGGGACAGCCGUACAUUACUUUCCUUCGAGACGUUCUUGCGCUCGUUGUUGACCCAAGCAAUUUCAACGAGUCAAAAUAUCCCGAAGACGCUAAGCAGCGGGCUCGGACAAUUCUCGAUGGUUGCGGUGGCGGAUCAGUUGGUUCAUACUCAGAUUCAGCUGGUAUUGAAUGCAUUCGACGCCAUGCAGCCGAAUAUAUUCAAAACCGUGAUGGUGGAAUACCGGCGAGAUACGAAGACAUCUAUUUAUGUGCCGGAGCGUCGCAGUCAAUUAAAGCCGUAAUGAAUUUGUUGAACGUGAAAAUUGAUGGUUUGAAUCCCGGAAUUAUGGUUCCAAUACCGCAAUAUCCGUUGUAUUCAGCUACAAUUGCCGAGUACGGAAUGAGCCAGAUCGAGUAUUAUUUGGAUGAAAGUAACAAAUGGUCCCUGGAUAUACCGGAAUUGGAACGGUCAUUGGCUGAAAUCAAAGGAAAAUGUAAGCCGCGAGCAAUGGUAGUUAUCAAUCCAGGAAAUCCAACCGGUCAAGUACUGACGAAGGACAAUAUCCAGAAAAUUAUCAAGUUCGCCUACGACAAUUCUCUAUUCAUCUUUGCCGAUGAAGUGUACCAGGAUAACAUUUACGACAAAGACUCUAAAUUCCACUCGUUCAAGAAAGUAUUAAUGGAAAUGGGAGAACCGUACAACAAAAUGGAAAUGGCCAGUUUUAUGUCUUGCUCCAAAGGAUAUAUGGGCGAAUGUGGCAUUCGAGGCGGAUAUUGUGAACUCAUCAAUUUAGAUCCGGAAGUGCGAGCUAUGUUCCAAAAGUCACUAUCAGCUCAACUGUGUCCAACAACCAUCGGACAAGCUGCUAUCGAUUGUGUAGUCAAUCCACCGAAACCGGGUGAACCAUCGUACGAACAGUUUAUUAAAGAGAAGACCACCGUUUUGCAGUCAUUGAAAGAUCGAGCUGAAUUGGUGUCCACAACUCUGAAUUCAUUCGAAGGAUUCUCCUGCAAUCCUGUAAUGGGUGCCAUGUACGCAUUUCCACAAUUUAAACUACCACCAAAGGCAAUUGAAGCGGCCAAGAAAGAGGGUAAAGCUGCUGACGUAUUUUACGCAUUUAGGCUGCUUGAAGCAACCGGCAUUUGUAUCGUAGCGGGUAGUGGAUUCGGUCAACGACCUGGCACUUACCAUUUCCGUACGACGAUUUUACCUCAAACUGAUCUGCUGAAAGAAAUGUUGCAAAAGUUCCAAAUAUUUCACAAACAAUUCAUGGCUGAAUUUAAAUAAAUUGCAGUGUUUGAUGUAUGGAUGGCUACGCGUAUGAAUUGUAGACGAUUCUAAAUUUUUAUUUCGAUUGAGCGAGCCGCUAACUGGGUGUCAACGGUUCGAAAACGGAAGCUGUUUUUUUACGUUUCUUGCUUUCAUUUUUUUACUUUACAAAAUUUUAAUUGAAAUUUGUUAAUUGGUACGACCUUAGGUUCUCACAAAAGUUUUCAGUUGUUUUUUUUAUAUAAAUUCUUGUAGAAGCAUGAAAUGUACGAAAAUUAGUGCAUUUGAAGCGGUCGAACAAUAAACAUUCAUUGUUACAAA